AUGGAUGUCCUUGUGAACAUCACUGAUUUGACGCCGACGCCAACGACGUCGGCAACUCCAGAUGAGUGUGGACUUGAGCCACAUGACUUUCUGGAGGUCAAGUUCUUCUUGAUAAGUGUGGUUGGCACGUUGAUAGGAUUAUUUGGAUUAUUUGGAAAUGCGACGACUGCCUUGAUUCUGACUAGACCAUCAAUGCGGAAUCCGAAUAAUUUAUUUUUGACAGCACUUGCUGUAUUCGAUUCUUGUCUUUUAAUCACUGCCUUUUUCAUCUAUGCAAUGGAAUACAUCAUCGAAUACACCGCAGCUUUCGAUCUUUAUGUUGCGUGGCUCACUUAUCUCAGAUUCGCCUUUGCCCUGUCCCACAUUUCACAGACUGGAAGUGUCUACAUCACAGUUGCAGUCACAAUAGAACGAUAUCUGGCAGUGUGUCAUCCGAAACGAAGCAAAAUGAUGUGUGGACCAGGCGGUGCUGCAUGGACAAUUCUUGGCGUCACAACAUUCGCCGUUGUUUUUAAUUGCACCAAGUUCUUUGAGCUGCAGGUCACUGUGAAUCCAAGUUGUCCUGAUGGAAGUAAUUGGCAAUCUUAUAUUUUACUUCCUUCAGCCAUGGCAAGCAAUCCUAUUUAUCAGCAGGUUUAUUCACUAUGGGUCACCAAUUUCGUCAUGGUAUUUUUUCCCUUCCUAACACUUCUUCUCUUCAAUGCAAUCAUCGCAUACACUAUCAGACAAAGUCUUGAAAAAUAUGAUUUUCAUAAUCAAAAAAUUUCAAGUCGAAAUGAACUAAAAGAGAAAUCACGGGAAGCAACACUGGUCCUUGUUAUCAUCGUUUUCAUCUUUCUUGGUUGCAAUUUCUGGGGAUUCGUUCUGACUCUUCUGGAGAGAAUAAUGGGUCAGGAGACGUUGAUGGUCGAUCAUCACAUCUUUUAUACUUUCUCAAGAGAAGCAAUCAACUUCUUAGCUAUCAUUAAUUCAUCUAUCAAUUUCGUGAUUUAUCUUUUAUUCGGAAAAGACUUCAGGAAAGAACUAGUGGUCGUGUACGGAUGUGGAAUACGUGGAAUCUCAUUAAGACUACCUGUUCAAGAUAAAUUCGUGAUUUGGAGACAUUGGAAGCGAACGAAAUCUCGAUUAUCAACAAGUGCAACGAAUCGAACACGCCACAAGAUAUCACUUCCACAGACACUUGUAGAACAUGCAAAUCUUGAAGGACUCGAACAAACAAGAUUUCUAGCUCAUCAUGAAGAUGGUCUUCAGACACAAGUGUCACCGAUUCAUGCACUUCGGAAUGGUUCAAUUCCGAAAUUCGAUCCGUUACGUGACUCAAAUUCAAAUGGUAGACCGUGUAAAACAAGCAUAAUCGAUGAUAAUGGGACAGUUGUAUGUACAGUUACAGAAUUCCCCUAA